AUCCGUGUGCACCUGCAGACACAAUCAUAGAGCUGCCUUGCUUACCGGGCAGAUAGCAGUCCCAGCCGGACCCACAAACAAACCGACAGCUUACCUGAGUCAUGGAUGCAGAGGAGAAGUCCCCCGGCGGCCAAGGUGCGCAGAUUCUGGACAUCGGCUCAAACUCGCCCCCUUGUGAGCCUAAAGGUGCGCAGGAGCUAGAGAAACCGCCGUAUUCAUACGUGGCUCUCAUCGCCAUGGCCAUCAAGGACAGCGAGAACAAGAGACAGACUCUGAGCGGGAUCUAUCAGUAUAUAGUGUCCAAGUUCCCCUACUACGAGAGGAACAAGAAAGGCUGGCAAAACAGCAUAAGGCACAAUUUGUCUCUCAACGAGUGCUUCGUCAAGGUGCCCAGGGACAGCGGAGGGGACAGAAAGGGCAACUACUGGAUGCUGGACCCCGCAUUUAAGGACAUGUUUGAGAAGGGAAACUACCGACGGCGGAGGAGGGUGCGGAGACCCUACAGACCCCCGAGUGUGCCUUACCUGGGCGGGAAUCCCGUGGAGUACUCUGAGUCGCUCUACCUGCAGCCUUACGUGAGCAGCUCCUGGAGCGUGUGCCAGCCCGGCUCGACCCAGCCGACAGGUUAUCCGUCAGCUCCGGUCAUCACGGGACACAGCCGCAGCGUGUCCCCGGGCACCUCCAUGACCUCCUACUGCACCCCUUCUCCCCACUUUCACCAUCCUCACUACGGAGCUUACCACCGCCACCCGCCCGUGCUGGUCCCCCACAACGGGUAUCCUUACGGCGGGGUGACCCAACCGAUGAGCCCGGAUGGAGGCACCGUUUCCGUGGCUUGCAGCUACCAGCAGUUCACCUCCUACGGCAGGCCAGCGGACCCAGCCCUGGCUUAUUUAAUGGACCAGUAGGACUUUUGAGUUAUUCUGUGCUUUGAUGGCAAGUUCACAUCUGAGUUCACCUCUUUCACCAUUUCAGUUCGGCUGUCACUGGUUUGUCAGGUACUGGGUUUAGUUUGGUAGUUUCACAUGACUGUUAUUAAAUAAUGCUGUUGACGAUUUUGUUUGUAUAGAUUUUGUACAGUUUUUAUAAAGUUUUUUUUUUUUUUUUGUAAAAAUUACAGUCGGCAGGUCUACCGGUCUACCGUAUACCAUGUCAUUUUACUUCAAGUCUGAGGUUUGAGGUUUGCAUUUUUAUUUUUGUAAUUUUUUUUACUGCGGGUUAUAGGCUUACAAAUAAGCAAACAUUUGUUCUUUUUUUCUCUUUUUUUAUAUUGGUAUAUAAUUUUGAAUAGGCCUGUACGUUUGCUGUAACGUUAUUUAUUUGUUUUCUUCGGAUUUAUCCAAAUGUGUGAGCUGCUAUAAAAGAUGAAUGACAUUCAAGCACUGACCCGUUUUCUCACUCGAUUGUGAAUGUUUGUUUGAUGUAAAAUACAUCACGUUUGUUCAAAUAAAGUUAUUUUUGCAU